GAUAAGAGCGUCUGCUAAAUGACUAAAAUGUAAACGUAAUGUUCAGAGCCAAAGCAUACUGCUCAGACCACUGCGCUACGGCAGUUCACAAUGCUCUAGCAAGCCUUGAUGGUAAUAUUGAGUUGUUUUAAGCCUUCCCCAAACCACAGCCCUAACCUUAACCACUCUGAAUUAAUGCUUAAACUGUUAACCUUUGAGUUGUUUCAAUUAAGUAACCAAGCGGAAUUAACCCUCUAACCACGCAGAAUUAAUGCGGGGGGAAAAAAAUGUUACAUUCAUCCAUAAUACUUUGAAUUUCGUUAAGAUGUUAUUUUCCCAGCUAUCAUUGUCACUUGUGUGGCUUUUUUUUUUUAAAGCAGAGCAACGUCUAAACAUGCUGCUUUCCAUACGAAAGGCCUUUUUUUUUAAUUAAAACUGAUGUUCAUUUGAAGUGUUCCUCUGACGACCCAGAGCAGCGACAUGAAUAAGUUAGUACUCUCUGCUUUGCUAAGCAACACAGACUGCAGAAAGAUAUAUUUGCAUGGCGUGCGAAGCCUCCAGAACCUAUCAAAGGGUAAGAGCAGGAGUACAGUGCAGAGGUGUGGGUGGCUGUUCGCUGUUCAUCCUUCCGUGAGACUAUUGACGAAGGCUUAUCAGAUAGAAAACAAGACCGUGUUUACCAAUAGUCUUGCUUGCCAAGCUCAUGACAAGACAGAUUUCGGAAGACACUAGUUUAGCAACUAUACCAGCCUCCUUGUUUUUUUUUUUUUGGGGGGGGCUGUCUGAGGUAAGUGGAGUGCAGAGUGAUCUGACGUGUCAGAGAAAUUGUCUUAUCAGAUGAAACUGAAGAAUUGCCUCCUUGUGGUCUGAGAUUGUCUGAGACUGCCCGAGGAUGUGCAGAGUCAUCUGACAUGUCAGAGAAGUUAUCUUAUCAGAUGAAACUGAAGAAUGGCAUCGUUGUGGUCUGAGAUUGUCUGAGACUGCCCGAGGAUGUGCAUUGAAUUGGCAGGGAACGCAUGACAGACACGGUUGGGAAAUGCUGGUAAAAUAAAACCAACAGCAUUUUCAGAAACAUCAAGAUCACCAGUGUGCUGGAUUUAUCCAUUAUUUUCUGGGAUUGGGAAGACAUGGCUGCAGAGAUGGAGGCAGAGAGGUUGCAUGGUCCUCGAAUGCAUCGUCUGUGUCUGUGGAGGAAGAACAUACACGGUCUCUCCUGCAGGCUGCUGUGCUGCUGCUGCUCCUGUGUGGGAGGAGAGGACAAAGAACUAAUACCAGGCCAGAGCCAGAGAGGGCAGAGCGGGGAGAGGGACACACAGCUAGAGUGGACUUGUCUUGGGGACGACCAGGGGAUCUCAGGGGAGGGAGAGGCCAGUGCUAUCCACAUCACGGUGGAGGAUCUUGGGCUGGCCAACCCUAGCUUCACCCUGACCAAAGAGGAGGUUGCACCAGUCCAGAUGUUCAGUACUUUUAGUCCAUCUUCCAACUCUGUGUCGGCCGUCCGCAGGGCACUGAAGAAGAAAAGAAUGCUGAAGCCUCUGUCCUCCCUUCCUCUCCAGCUGGGAGGAGACCAGCCGGGAGGAGACCAGCCGGGUGGAAAGCAGACAAAGAGGAGAAGCCCAGCCAGCGAGGAGGAGCCUGGGGCAAACCAGAGGAGAAACAUAACAGGCGAAGGGGAGCAGGAUGAGGCAAUGGAGGAGCAGGAGAAGGAGGUGGAGGUAGCGGAGGAGGAGGACUCAAUUCUGUUUGACACACCUGGAGGCUCAGGUACAGGUAGCCUCCUCACCCCACCUGUCAUCAACCUGAUCCCUCCCACUCCCUCUGACGUCCUCGAUGAAGACCAGUUCUUUGAUGACAUCAUCUCGGACGAGGAGAGCGUGGCGCACACGUCUGGGACUGGUAGUGACGGGAGUAGCAACACCGCCGGACACCGGGAAGAAGAGGAAGAGGAGGAGAGGAUGGAGGAUUUGGACCAGGAGCCUGAAGAGGAGGGGAACAAGAGAGACGCGGAAACCCAGGAGAGGCAAGUGGUGGAUGGGAGUAAAGGGUAUCUGGGAGAAUCAGACCAGGAGGUGCUCCUUCAUGCUCCAGUCCCCGAGAGGGAGGGGGAGGUCAGGGUAAAGGCUGCUGAGGAAAAGGAGAGACCCAAGCCCAGCUUCCUCCGUAGUGCCUACCAGGUGGAUCCUCUACCUGAGUACCCCAGGAAGAGGAGCUUCAACUCGAGCGUCAAUCUGCCGUUGUUCACCGAGCACAACCUGGGUGAGUGAGGUGUGUGUGUGUUUGUGUUCCCAGGCAUUGGUUUGCUGUGACUCGGUACCCUUCAUCACUCUACUCCCGUCAUCUUCAUCUUCUUCACUCUCUCUCUGAAAGGCCUGCUCUCCCCAUGGACUCGAUCUACCUUACUCUCUGAAAGGCCUGCUCUCCAAACAGACUCGACCAACCUUACUCUCUGAAUGGCCUGCUCUCCACACAGACUCGACCGACCUUACUCUCUGAAAGGCCUGCUCUCCCCAUAGACUCGACCGACCUUACUCUCUGAAAGGCCUGCUCUCCCCAUAGACUUGACCGACCUUACUCUCUGAAAGGCCUGCUCUCCCCAUAGACUCGACCGACCUUACUCUCUGAAAGGCCUGCUCUCCAAACAGACUCGACCGACCUUACUCUCUGAAAGGCCUGCUCUCCCCAUAGACUCGACCAACCUUACUCUCUGAAAGGCCUGCUCUCCCCACAGACUCGACCGACCUUACUCUCUGAAAGGCCUGCUCUCCAAACAGACUCGACCGACCUUACUCUCUGAAAGGCCUGCUCUCCCCACAGACUCGACCGACCUUACUCUCUGAAAGGCCUGCUCUCCCCACAGACUCGACCGACCUUACUCUCUGAAAGGCCUGCUCUCCCCACAGACUCGACCGACCUUACUCUCUGAAAGGCCUGCUCUCCCCACAGACUCGACCUACCUUACUCUCUGAAAGGCCUGCUCUCCCCACAGACUCGACCGACCUUACUCUCUGAAAGGCCUGCUCUCCCCACAGACUCGACCGACCUUACUCUCUGAAAGGCCUGCUCUCCCUACAGACUCGACCUACUUUUCUCUCAUUUCAGUCUUCAAACUAGGGGAAGACAAUACAGUGUUAAAUAAACAGCCGAGAACAGCCUCAUUGUUAGCCAGUUACUUUUUCCACUUCAUUCAUUAACUAGGCUUAUUUUCAUUUAAAAAAUAUUACAUUUGCUAGUCAGAAAUGUGUGUAUAGCCUUAUCCCGCUAGAAGAACUAAAUGUAUCUUCUAGUGGUCUAUUGAUAGGACAGACGCCUGUCAGUCACAUAGCAAGCGAUGACAGGGACACUGCUGGUUGGUCAGUCUGCUGUCUGUCCCGCCUCUCAGUACCUGGGUUUGUGUUUGUUCUUGUUGGCUGCAGUCUAAUUUAUUUUCACGUAGCAGGGAGAGCAUGAUGCUUCUUCAUCCUUUCACGUGAGUGUAUUUCCACAAAUCCAUGUGACGUAAGUGGUCAUGAUGAGUUGAAAUCCACUACGUUAUUGUUUUGUGGCAGAUCCAUUUCUUUUUUUAUAUCGCAUCUGUACAGUAAACCAACAAUUUCCUUUGUAUUUUCCUAGGAUUUGAAGACCAUGUCUUGACUUGCCAGUGAGCGCUAAAGUGACUCGUCAGUGUUGACUAGUGAUGGGUUGUUUGUGAACGAAUGGCUCUUUUUGAACGGAUCAUUUAGGUGAACGGAACUAAAUUAUAUCGGUGAGAGAGAGAGUCGUUCAUUUGGCUCCCUAAUUUGCACACUGGUAGACCACUACUGUUAUUUAUUUUGGCGACUAUUUGAAGAUAAAUUCUGAAAACAUUAGGUGAAGAUGUUAAAGCCUCACUGCAGGAACAAUAGGUAGUGGAGAAAGAGCCUCGUUCUGGUCCAAAAUACGAUAGAUGAAAACAAAUUUAAGGUUAUAAAAUCUAACGUCAUGAUAUUGAUGUAGGCCUACUGAUUUGAUUAAAAUGUCGAACACGAAAGCAGUCAACUGCUUCCUUCUAUGUAGCAGA